UGGACAGAAAUACUUGCAUAGGCCAAGCAUAGACUGUAAUUCUAUCAAGUAGAGGGGGAAAGAUAAAAUAGAAAAUGGGGGAACCACAAUCAUAUCCUGCGAUUUUUAUUCCAGUCUGGACUCUUCCUCGGAGCUCUGCGCCAGAUAAUCGGGAGUAGUUGGAUCGUGAGUGAGAAGUGAACAGUAUGCACGUCUCUUGUAUCAGUUCCUGGAAGCUACUGUCACCCGCCCUCGAAACGUUCGCUCUCUCACUCAGAUUAGAACUUUAUCACGCUAUUCACUGCAGCGGAGUGCGUGCGUGCAAUUGGCACCGCACACCAUACGUCAACGGAGAUACGCGAGUUCUACUAUUAUAAAGGACUGCACAAGAUGUGCACACCUGCUGUUGUCCCAACUCUCUCUAGCACAACAAGUCGGCACUGAUCAUCUAGUCAUGUCUUCGAACUCGAUUACCGAAAAGGAGGGCGUAAAGGACAACUACUACGUCCAGACUGUCGCCAUGGACGGCCCUGCACCCCCUACACAGAUGCAGCCCUACCAGAGGACGUUUGGUAACCCUGCACCUUUGGGCAUGCUGGCCUACGGUACCGUCUUCCUGUGCUCGUCAAUCCUGACGCUCGCCUCCAAGAACGUCGGCUCACCCAGCUUGGUCAUGGUUUUUGCCACCUUCUACGGUGGCAUCUCACAAACACUUGUGGGCAUGUGGGAGAUGUUCCUCGGUAACACUUUCAGCGCAACGGUAUUUACUACCUACGGAGGUUUCAACUUCUCAUAUGGUGCUCUCUACCUGCCUCAAAUCGGCCUUGCGGCUGCAUAUACCGUCGACGGAGUUGUCGGACAGGAGUUCUACAACGCCAUCGGCAUCUACCUUGCCAUCUGGGACUUGAUUACGUUCGUCUUCUUGCUUGGUGCAAUCCGCACGACAGCUCCUAUCGUUGCAACGCUCGGAUUCACCGUCUGCGCGCUUACUUGUCUUUCUGCAAACGCUUUCACCGGCAACCCGCAUUUGGCAACCGCAGGUGGUGCCCUGGGUAUAAUCGCUUCCUUCGGUGCAUACUACGGCGCCCUCUCGCUGUUCUGGACACAGCAGACCACCCUCUCAUUCAUUCGCCUCCCCCUUCUCGUUACAGCCCCUUCCAAUGUCUAAGUGCUGGGUCACGAGUCCUCAACGGAUCACGGUUUUUCUUCUUUGAUUGCAUUUUCAACUACGCUCUCAGUCUUCAUUAAAUGUUAGCGCGUUUAGAUUAACUUCUACGUCUUGCGGGAUGAGGUUUAGUGGUGUAGAGUGGAGUAUGAUACAACUAUUUCUUAUGUUUGUCGCGGUGCCAACUUUGGUUCCGGGUUGAUGGUAAUAUAGAUCACAGAGUGAUAUGACUACAGAUUUUGUUCAUCUCCAACUAAGCUGUGAA